AUGUUGGCAGUAUCACACACAGCACCACAGCUCCCAGCGGCCAUGCCUCGCUACACCGUGCACGUGAGGAGCGAGUGGCUGACGGUGCCCUGCAAGGACACGUGUAGCACCGUGUUGUGGUUGGGCCGAGAGGCCUUGAGACGCUACGUGAAGAACAAGCCAGACAAUGGCGGGUUGGACUGUGUGGCUGACGUGACGUUCCUGAUGAGACGCUGUCAGGGACAGGGAUUGUUAGAUCCCGAUGAUGCCAUUGAGGACGUUCUGGAAGACAAUGAUUUUGUGGAAGUUGUUAUCACAGGAGAUGAUUCCAGAGCCACAGAGUUCAACUCUUUGAGCACACAAAGAGCAUUUCUAAAAUAUCGGGAGCCCCAGGAGUACAUUGAGUUGGAUGGAAAGACCUUAACCACAGAAAACCUGGUCAAGCUUGGUAAAGGGCUGUACAAGAUCCAGCUCACUCCAGAGGCAGUCACAGGAGUCAAAAAAUCCCGAGACCUUGUGGAGAAAAUCAUCAACGAAAACAAAGCUGUGUAUGGAAUAACAACCGGCUUUGGGAAAUUCGCCAGAAUUGUUAUUCCAAAUAACAAGCUGGAGGAGCUCCAAGAGAAUGUUAUAUUGGCCUCUGCAGUGGGUGUUGGAAAACCUUUGUCACAGGAAAGAUCUCGGAUGCUCUUGGCUUUGAGGAUCAAUGCUCUCUCUAAGGGACACAGUGGGAUUUCUUCAGAAACCCUCCAUCAAAUGAUCCAGGCUUUUAACGCUUCCUGUCUCUCAUACGUCCCAGAGAAGGGAACAGUUGGGGCCAGUGGAGAUCUGGCUCCCCUUUCUCACCUCGCCCUGGGGCUGAUGGGCAAAGGCAAAAUGUGGUCACCAAAAUGUGGAUGGGCAGAUGCUGAAGACGUUUUACGAGCUCACAGUCUCAAGCCGAUUUCACCGAAAGCUAAAGAGGGUUUGUCACUCAUUAAUGGGACACAGAUGAUCACGUCGCUGGGAGCUGAGGCUGUGGAGAGAGCGACUGCUAUAGCCAGACAGGCUGACAUUAUAGCAGCUCUUACACUGGAGGUUCUGAAAGGCAGCACAAGAGCCUUUGACAGUGAUAUCCACAGCUCCCGCCCUCACCCUGGCCAGGCCGAGGUAGCCUCUCGCUUUAGGUCACUACUGGAUUCUGACAUUCAUUCAUCCGAGAUCGCAGACAGCCACAGGUUCUGUGAUCGUGUUCAGGAUCCCUUCACAAUAUGCUGCUGCUCUCAGGUGCACGGUGUGGUCAAUGAAACUAUUGCUUUUGUGAAAAAAAUUAUCCUGACAGAAAUUAAUAGUGCUACAGAUAACCCGAUCGUAUUUGCAGAGAGAGGAGAAAUUAUUUCAGGUGGAAAUUUCCACGGUGAAUAUCCGGCUAAAGCCCUGGAUUACUUGGCUAUUGGUGUUCAUGAACUGGCUGCAAUCAGUGAGAGGAGAAUCGAGAGGCUGUGUAACCCUUCUCUCAGUGGCCUGCCAGCCUUCCUGGUCACUGACGGGGGUCUGAACUGUGGCUUCAUGGUGAUUCACUGCACAGCAGCGGCUUUGGUGUCUGAGAACAAGGUUCUGUGCCACCCGUCAUCAGUUGACUCCCUGUCCACCAGUGCAGCCACUGAGGAUCAUGUCUCUAUGGGGGGCUGGGCUGCCAGGAAAGCCUUGAGGGUCAUAGAGCACGUGGAGCAAGUGCUCGCUAUAGAGCUUCUGGCAGCUUGUCAGGCUCUGGAGUUCCUGCGCCCACUUCAUACCACAGCCCCCCUGGAAACCGUCUAUCAACUAGUGCGCUCAGUGGUCAAAGCCCUGGAUAAAGAUCGUUCCAUGGCCCCAGACAUUGAAACUGCUCAGAGGCUGCUGACUGAAGAAAAGGUUUGGCAAGCAGUGCAGCCAUAUAUGGAACAUUACAGGAAUGUUAAGACAUCAGAAUAAGCAUUUGCUCCAACAGAUGGAUCUUUGAAGAAUUCUCUGUGAUCAUCAGAUAAAUAACUGCUUAAGAAAUGGCCUCAGUGUAUAAGGACGGUUAAAGAUCUCUUUUGGAGAAACACAAAGAUUAUUUUAACUUGAUGUAUUACUGUCUACUGUAAAUGGAAAACAAUACUAUUUCGUGAUUCUAGGGAUGUGUUUGUAUUUGUUUUGUGGUCAUUGGAAUAUAUAUAAAACUCAAUUCAGUCAUCA